AUGCCUGGGGGCAAAGCGAAGGUACCGGAAUACCCACGACCAGUUUCGCCAGUCUCUGCAGAGGAAUACCCAAUUUGUCACAAUACCAUAGUAUACGACGAGGGUGAUGAGGACCCUGACGAUUCCCCAGAGAAGAGGGCGGCGAAAAGGCGACGAAUUGAGAGCUAUGCUGCGGCAUACUUGCGAGGCCAGCCCUUAUUCAUCCUGAGUGCACAGUUGAAGGGCCCUUUUGAUAAGGGAUGGAAAAAUCCUUGGAGGAGAAAGACGAAGGGAGAAAAGAAUACUGAGACUGGAAGACUACAGUUGGAAGUUCCGGAGACAACUAUCAAGCCUCAACCACAAAUCGCGGGCACCUCACCUCAUGCGAACAAGGUCUCCCAUGAUAUACUGACACCAAUAUACCCUACCAAACAGAUCAGCAAGCAGCAUCUGCCUGGCAAAACGACAAGUACCUCCAAUUCAGUUCUUCCCGUCAAGCAGACGAGUUCCACUGCCGCUGCAUAUAUCGGAACACCAGAAUCAAAGAUACGACAGGUGGAGGACUGGCUUAGGAAAAAUGAGAACAGUUCCCAGCCGGGAGAAUCUCUCCCUCAAUCUUCUCCUAGCCUUUUAACCAGGCCAACAAAGAAGCGCUCGAAAAAGUGGGAAUCGCCUGUUCUUGAAAUUGAAUUCCCCCCAGUACCGGACGAUAUUGUGGGUCAUGUACCUCUACCGCCUCUACAACGUCCGCUGGCACCCGGAGUGGACCAUCCUCCAGCAGCGGAAGAGCAUCUGGAAGUCCCAGCACAUCCAGAUAUAUCAACGACACCAGACAGUCCCCACCGACUAAAUGAUGAGUCAAUGAAAGAUACUCAAAGUGAUGAGCCGCCCGAUGUGUUAGCUACUGCUACACAUCGCCCAAUACUGGCCUCAAAUAGUGGUUCACGAGCGGAGGAUGCAAUCCUCGCCCUGAAGCGGAGGUCUUUGCAUACAAUCCCUCCCUCAAGUCAUUUGCCUGCCUUCGAAUAUCGCCGUGCAACUACCAAAGAGACCAUUCAAGGUGCAGGGUUUACCGGUGCACAAGAGCCCUCCGGGGAACAAACCACUCAAGUCAAAGUUCCAUCGAAUGUUGACAUCCAAACAGCCUCGAAAUCAAGCGAACAGGCAGAGUCGUUACAUACUGCCAUAGAAGGCAACUCGCCUGGCUUGAUCGAACAUGCCACGGCGCCGUCAGUCAAAGCAAACUCAGGACCAAGCACCAAUCGUGACAUUCCAUCUGCCCAGAUCCCAAUCCAAGUUACAUUAGAGUCAGCACCUUCCAAUCUCUCUGGUCCGGGUGCCCUGCUCGAAGAACCCAGGCGGGACAUCGAUUGCAGACCAGAUCAAGGCACAGUGGAUCAAGUCAACGGUGAUGUGCCAGAUGUACCGGAAAAUAACGCUCCAUCCCAGGCGCUGGGGAUCCCGGCACCAGGCCUCUACAAUGGUAUUGCACCUAGAGAUCAGUUUGAACAGCCUGUGGCAAUGCAGUCGGAAACAACGCCGAAGCCCGCAUCGGUAUGGCCAUCAGAUACGCAACAAAUGAUUGAAAGCAUCACGCCGAUUGUUUUCAGCACUAUUAAGAAACCCAAAAAGACAACAGGUAUACAGAACAAUACAACACCACGGACAGCGACGAAAGUGCGCCGGACGAGCAAAGGAAAACGAACAUCUUUUGCCCCCGAAGGAGCCUCCUCCAGUUCCUCCAUGGGAUCGCUAAAAGCUAUCAUGAAAGUCGCCAAGUCUCCAAAGAUGGACCGUGACCACCUCAACUGUCUCAAAACGACGUGGGAGGAUGAAGACGAUGACGAGAACAGUGUCCAUAGUAUCCACCAUGUGUCAGAGGCAAUACCGAACGUCCCGCUUACAGAAAGAGCAACAAAAAAUGGAACUGGAACUCCAAGAGGAAUCUUGAAAUCAUCGUCCAAUCCCAGUGCGUUGGGUCUGAUAUCAGGCAUCCAUAAGACGGCCUCCUCCUCAUUCAAGCAGGAUGCACAACGCGUGAGAGCUCUGGGUAUGAUUGAAGAUGACAUAGAGAUACCUCAGGAUGAUUUUGAUGUUGACGCUGUCAUGGAUGAUCUCGGGAGUUAUCUGGGAACAUGGGAUCCGGAGAAGGAAGCCCUGGCUCUUGGGAAGGCGUCAGAAUAG